AUGGGAGGAGAGGCACUACAGCUAAUCCACUUACCUGCCACCAGCAACGUAGCCGAGAAUUCUCCCGCUGAGACUUCUGUACACAAGUUUUCUGUGAAAUUAUCAGCGUCACUGGCACCUGUGGUUCCAGGAUUCCCGCUGAUUAUCAACUCGAGUCCCCUCACUGAUGCCUUUAGGGUGAAUGGGCUGUCAGACACUGACUUUGAGGUCGUCACUACGGGAAAGGAACAACUGGAUUUUGAAACAGGACCAAAAAUAUUUGACUUGCAGAUUUAUGUUAAGGAUGAGAUUGGUGUCACAGACUUACAAGUCCUGACUGUCCAGGUAACAGAUGUGAAUGAGCCUCCUCAGUUUCCAGGCAAGUUGGCCAAAGGUCUAAACCUGUACGUAGCAGAAGGAAUAAAGCCCGGCUUAAUUUACCAGGUUGAGGCCUCCGAUCCAGAAGAUACGAGACGCAAUGUACCACUGAGUUAUUUCCUGAUUUCUCCUUCGAAGAACUUCAGGAUGUCUGCCAAUGGCACCCUCUUUUCCACCACAGAACUGGACUUCGAAGCAGGACACAGCAGUUUCCAUCUCAUUGUGGAGGUGAGAGACAGCAGCGGCCUAAGAGCCUCCACUGCACUCCAGGUGAACAUCGUGAACAUCAAUGAUGAGAUCCCUCGCUUCACCAGCCUGACACGGGUGUACAAGAUCCCAGAGGAGCUGACUGUAGGAACCAUCGUGGCUAAUAUCACUGCGGAGGAUCCUGAUGACAACAUUUUCCCCAGUCACCUCCUCUACAGCAUCACCACGAGCAACAGCUAUUUUAUGAUAAACCAGUUGACUGGUACAAUCCAAGUGGCCCAGAGGAUAGACCGAGACACGGGUGAAUUAAGACAAAAUGCUGCAAUUUCUCUGGAGGUUCUGGUGAGGGACCGCCCCAUGGGGGGGCAGGAGAACCACAUGCAGGUCACCUUCAUUGUGGAAGACAUCAAUGACAGCCCUGCAGCAUGCACCAAGUUCACCUUCAGCGUGCUGGUGCCUGAAAGAGCAGCCAACGGCACGCUGCUCCUGGACCUGAACCCAUUCUGCUUCGAUGAGGACAGUGAUGCGCCGAACAACAAGUUCAACUUCAGCACACCAUCUGGAGCAGGGAGCAGCAGCAGAUUUUCACAGGAGCCAGCUGGCUCUGGAAAAAUUGUGUUGAUUGGUGAUCUAGACUGUGAAGAUCCGAGGAAUCUGGCAGCUGGCAAUGAGUACAGGAUGAUUAUCCAGGUGCAGGAUGUGGUCCCUCCUUACUACAAAAAUGACAUCUACAUUUACGUCCUCACAAGGCCAGAAAAUGAGUUUCCUCUGGUCUUUGAUAGGCCAUUCUACAUAUUUAAUGUGUCGGAAAUGAGACCAGCUGGGACCCGGGUUGGACAGGUGUACGCGACUGAUGCAGACUUCCCCCAGAGCAGCAUCGAAUACUCCAUCUCCACCGGAGGGGCCAGCGUCCAAUAUCCGAAUGUGUUUUGGAUUAAUCCCAAGACUGGAGAACUGCAGCUAGUGAUGAAAGCAGACCAUGAAACGACCUCCGUGUAUGUCCUCAGGAUCCAGGCCGCCAGCAGUGAGGACAGGAGCCUGGUCACGGUGACUGUGAAUAUCCUUGAUGAAAAUGAUGAAAAGCCAGUUUGCAUUCCAAACUCCUACUUCCUGGCUAUCCCUGUGGAUAUAAAAGUCGGCACAAAUAUUCAGAAUUUCAAGUUGAUGUGCACCGAUCUUGAUUCCAGCCCCAGAUCUUUCCGUUACUCCAUUGGUCCAGGCAACAUCAACAGUCAUUUCACCUUCUCUCCCAAUGCUGGUUCCAAUGUCACGCGCCUGCUGCUGGCAUCCCGCUUUGAUUAUGAUGGUGGGCUCGACAAGCUCUGGGACUACCAACUGCGCAUCUAUAUAACUGAUGACAACUUGCUGUCAGGCAGGAAGAGAGCUGAAGCUCUUGUUGAAACAGGAACAGUGACCUUGAGUGUUAAAGUCAUCCCUCAGCCAACCACGAUCAUCGCCACAACGCCCAGGCCCAGGAUCACCUACCAGAUCCUGAAGAAGAACGUUUAUUCUUCCUCUGCGUGGUACGUGCCUUUUGUCAUCACACUGGGCUCCAUCUUGCUUCUGGGUCUCCUGAUGUUCCUGGUCAUCCUGUUGGCCAAAGCCAUCCACACACAGUGCUCCUGGAAGAUGGAGAAGGAUGAGAACCCUUUAGUGGAGAAAGGAGGAAUGAAGAAUUCCAAGAGAGAGGUUGUGGUGGAAACUGUGCUGCUGGACACUGUCUUUGAUGGAGAAGCCAUAGACCCAGUGACUGGGAAAAUAUAUGAAUUCAACUCCAAAACUGGAGCCAGAAAGUGGAAAGACCCAUUAACCCAGAUUCCAGCAGGGAAAGGGUCAAGUGCCUGGAGAGUUGUUGAUGGGCCAGGGCCACAGACAGGCCCUGAGAAGGGUGUGCUGAGUGACAACGGAGCUGUUGAGGACACAGGUCUGCCUUCCCAAAAUGUGGCUGCCAAGCCAAAGCACAGAAAUCCAGCUCUCUUGAGCAGGGUUUCCCCCAGGCCCCACCUGGGAAACUAAGCGGUGUCCAGUUGCCAGGGGAAGUGCAGGGGAAGGCUGAGUGACCAUGGGAGGCUGCUUUGCUUGAGUUCUGUGGAGGAAGUGGUGGGCUUGGUACAGGUGCAGAAGAAUUGAACUCAAGACACCCAGGGAUCCCAAUGGAAUGCAUGAUGAUGUUUAAACAAGCAGAGGUCAGAUCGCAAAGCUACCUUCUUCUGAGACAGCUGCUGAUCUGCUGUGAUUGCUAACUUUAGAUGCCGUGUUCCUUCUUCGCACUUCCUGCUAGGAAGCUCUAUUCAACUCACUUGUGAAAAUGCACAGGACUUAUGAAUGUAAGUAUCGAGGAGCAUCACCACCUCUUUUCCCGCCCUCAUUUUAGCAACAUCUGGAUUUCUCCAUUGAAUCAUCCUCGGACAUUUUGUCACAACACACCUUUCGGAACACCCUAAGUCUAUUUGAAAGAAGAGCAGUGAGAAAAAUGAUUGAGUGACUGAAUGAAUAUUGGUUUGUUCCUCUGGGAAGAUGCAAACACAAUAGCUGCCUCCUUCUGGUAUUUUUUAUUAAAUAAGGUGUAAGGUGUAACUUUUAUUAAACCAAGUGCACAGAUCCCAGAUCUUCAACCUGAUGGUGUGUAGACUUCUCCCAGAGGUGAUCACCAUUCUGAUCUUAAUCAUCAGAGAGGACUUUGGCCUGUUGAACUUCAUUCUGAUCUUGAAUGACUGCUACAAGUUUUUUGUUUUGCUAUUUUGAAAGAUAACACUGCUAACUUUCCUGCACACAUCUGUGGUGAACAUAAACACUCGUGUUAUCAAACACUCCAGACUGGUUGGAGACAUUAUUGUAAAACCUCCAAACUGGAUCUGCUAGCCCAGUGCACAGAAAGCCAUUCACUGACAUCGGGAUGGUGGAAGAAAGUAGGCAUUUAUUGCCAACUGUAGAGCAAGAAGCCAGGCAUCUAUUGCUUAAUUCCCAGGCUCCUUGAGGAGUUUGGGGUGAAGAUUCUUAUAGACAGAAACUGAAGCUGAUCGGUGGUGCAUACUUGCAAGGUUCCUGAUUGGCCAGUGGUGCCAUGAUCUUUAGGGCAUUCCCAAUGGUCAGGUGGGCUCCAGCCUGCCUGUGGAUCCCAUGAAUCUGGUCACAUUUUGACCAAAACUUCGCCCAGAUGAAGCCCUCCAGAGAAUACUGGCCACUAAGGUCCCUACCUAUUAGAGAAGCACAUGAGUUCUGGAGUCUGAUGGUUAGAAGCCAGGAAGGACAGCUGGAUCACUCCCUUAAGACAGUGAAUUCUUUUUGAUAAAAGGCAGACAAGGACACCUUGUGUUAAGGGGGACAGGCAGGAAGUUGGGUUCUGCUUUAACAUUAUGGGGGUUCAGUUUCUCUCGUGGCUUCUGAGCAAGA